AAGAAUAAUAAUAAUAAAUAAAAAAGAGCCUCUCAGAGGCCCAAACUCCCUCAAGUGUAAUUUUCUCCGCCCCCGCAAUUUCCAUUUCCUCUAAGAAAACACCCCCGCUCCCUCUGUCUCUCUCUGCAAACCCGAGAAUAAUAGGAAAGGAGAAAAAACUAAUCACUGUAUUGAAAUUGAUCCAUGCCUCAAUCCUUUAUUCAGAAAUAAAUUCAACGCACCUAAUAUUGCUUAUUGCAUUUGCCAUGUGGUCCUUUUUAAUCCUGCAAUAUUUCUUUAUUUGAUUUGCCGACACUUCAAUCAUUAUAAUUUUUUUUUUUAUCAGGAUUCAGAUUUUCUCUUUUUUUUUUGUUUUUUUUUUUUUUGUAUUUGGGCUCGUAAUUUCCAGCGUUUCCUUUGAUUUAGUUUAAUUUAUUAUUCUGUUUUAUUCAGGAGAAUCCUUUCAAUCAUGCAAUGUCACGUAAGUGCCCAACUUAACUGAAAUUGAUUUGUGUUUUUUUUACCCAAUAUUGGUGGAAAUUUCAGCACCUGCUCUUUUUUUUCCAUUUUUGGAAACAGGUUAUCCUGAAAACCUAUUUCUGAAUACUGUGCCUGUUUUUUUUGUGGUUGUUUAUGGUUUCAAGUGUUUAAAAUUUGUUAUUUUCUGGAAGAAAGUUGGUUUGUUGGUUGUGGAAUAAGGAGGGGGGGGGGGGGGGGGGAGGAAAACACUGCUUUUAUUAUAGGAUUGCAUGGGAGAGCAAGAAGGGUGGGCACAGCCACCAAGUGGGCUAUCGCCAAAUGGCCUAUUGCCCAAUGAAGCGCCCUCUGUGUUCAGAGUGCUUGAUUCAGAGCGAUGGUCAAAGGCCGAAGAGAGAACUGCAGAGCUUAUUGCCUGCAUUCAGCCCAACCAGCCCUCUGAAGAGCUUCGCAAUGCCGUUGCAGAUUAUGUGCAGCGGCUUAUUGCAAAGUGCUUUCCUUGCCAGGUAUUCACCUUUGGGUCUGUGCCACUUAAGACUUAUUUACCUGACGGGGAUAUUGACUUAACAGCCUUCAGUAAGAAUCCUAAUUUAAAAGAUACAUGGGCUCAUCAGGUUCGUGAUAUGCUGGAGAAUGAGGAGAAGAAUGAAAAUGCUGAAUUCCGAGUGAAGGAGGUUCAGUACAUUCAGGCAGAGGUGAAGAUAAUAAAGUGUCUUGUGGAAAACAUUGUGGUAGAUAUUUCAUUUAAACAGCUUGGUGGACUGUGCACCCUUUGUUUCCUUGAGGAGGUUGAUAAUUUGAUAAAUCAAAACCAUCUAUUCAAGCGUAGCAUUAUAUUGAUAAAGGCCUGGUGUUACUAUGAGAGCCGAAUACUUGGUGCUCACCAUGGAUUGAUCUCCACCUAUGCUUUGGAAACCUUGGUUCUAUAUAUAUUUCAUGUUUUCAACAACUCCUUUGCGGGUCCUCUUGAGGUCCUUUAUCGUUUUCUCGAGUUCUUCAGUAAGUUUGAUUGGGAUAAUUUAUGUGUUAGUCUCUGGGGUCCUGUACCUAUUAGUUCACUUCCAGAUGUGACAGCGGAACCUCCUCGAAAGGAUGGUGGAGAGUUACUACUUAGCAAAUUAUUUCUUGAGGCUUGUAGUGCUGUGUAUGCUGUUUUACCUGCUGGACAAGAUGAUCAAGGGCAACCUUUUUUGUCCAAACACUUCAAUGUUAUUGAUCCUUUGCGUGUGAACAACAACCUGGGACGUAGUGUCAAUAAAGGUAACUUCUUUAGGAUACGCAGUGCAUUUGCAUUUGGAGCUAAAAGGCUAGCUAGGUUACUUGAUUGCCCCAAGGAAGACUUGCGUUUUGAAGUAAAUCAGUUUUUUCUGAACACCUGGGAGAGACAUGGUAGUGGCCAUCGUCCUGAUGCGCCAAGGAAUGAUUUGUGGCUGUUGAGAUUGUCAAAGCAUGAUCAUUUGCAUGGGCCUGAGAGUCUAAGGAGCAAUUCAAGCAGCAAACCUUCCAGUCAUGAAGCUCAAGUUGAUGUGGCUCAUGGCUCAUGUACUGUUCCUUUCCAGCAUGAUAAUUAUUCCAUAGAUAGCACAUCCAAAGGUAGUGAAGUUUCAACACUUUCUCAUACUCAAAGCCAAAAGACUAACGCUAACACUAACAGCACAAGGAGCACCUCUGAUCAGAGUAGAAGGGAAUCUACUUCCAAUCAGAGCAUGCAUGCUGAUAGAAGUCAGAGAAAUGAGAAACCCGACAACUUCGUCACUGAUUUUCAGGGAAGGUAUCUUUUUGCUAGGACACGCUCUAGUCCUGAACUUACUGAGACAUAUGGCAAAAUUUCUUCUCAAGGAAGGCAUAACAAAGUCCAAGAAAGUGGGAAAGGCCAGUCUUCAUCUGCUAGGCUAAAUCAUGGCAGGAGGAAAAACCUGGGAUCUGAUAAUUUGAAAAACCAUGGUAUUAGCUUUUCAAGUGAUGAUCCUUCAUCUGUUAAGCACACCAUUUCCAGUCAAAGCUGCAAUCCUGCUGCUGAUUCAAAUAGUUACCACAAAGAUUCAUGCUUGGAUGUCGCCAGUGAAGAAUUUGUUUCUGUCCUAGGGUCACAGGGGAUGCAUCAGGAAGAGCAAGAUCUUGUGAAUGUGAUGGCUUCUUCUACUGGUCUAGGUUUCAAUGGACAGGUUCAUGUUCCACUGAAUAUGGCACCUGGUCACAUUUCUCUUCCAAUUCCACCUUCUGUUCUAGCUUCAAUGGGAUAUGGUCAGAGAAAUAUGGGUGGAAUGGUACCCGUAAACAUUCCCUUCUUGGAGACUCCUUGGGGUUCAAAUAUGCAAUUUCCUCAAGGUUUGGUUCCAUCACCAUUAGCCCAUUAUCUUCCUGGCAUUGAAUUGACUUCAAACCAAGAAGAUUCAAUUCAACCUGGUAAUGAGAAUAUUGGUCCCAUGGAAAUGAAUGUCAGGGAACCUGAUCAUGAUUUCUGGCAUGAGCAGGAGAGGGGCUCCAUUAGUGGUUUUGAUAUAGAAAAUGGAAGUUUUGAGAUGCAUCAAUUAGAUGAUCCGCAGCCUAGUUCAUCUAGUUAUAAAUUUGUUUCAUCAUCUCGAAGAGGUGGCUCUGGCAACUCUUUGAGAGCUCACCAGAAGCUCACCAGAGAAACCCGAGGGCCAGCUAGGGAAGAAUCUAUAGGUGCUUUAACAUAUCAAGAAAACAGAGGCACUGAAGAAUACUUUGAUGACAGAAGUGCAUGUUCAAGGUCCUUUACUACGGUGAAUAUUAGUCCCUUGAGAAGUAAAACCUCAUCUGAGAGUUCGUGGGAAGGAUCAGCAAAGUUGUCAAAGCCUGUUAAGGAAAAAAGAGAUGAUGACAAUAAAGAAUGGAAUGUGCCAUCAACAAUGGGCCUUGAACCUGAAAGAAGCAUAGGAUCCCAAACUGAAUCUUCUGCUGCUUUGCAUGUUUCAAGGCAUCAAGUACCUGGAUAUGAAAGAGCACAGCCAAGUGAAUCUGAUUCAUUGAUACCAAUUGCUCCAGUGCUCUUAGGUCAUGGUUCACGGCAAAGAUCUGCUGAUAACUCAGGGUCAGGGACUGUUCACUAUACAUUUUAUCCUGCAGGGCCACCAGUUCCAUUUAUUACAAUGCUUCCACUGUACAACUUCCCAACUGAGACAGGAACUUCUGGUGCGUCAACUAGCCAAUUUGACAGUGAAGAGGGCCUUGAUAACAGUGAUUUUGGUCAAAAUUUUGAUUCAUCUGAAGGAAUUGAUCUAUCUGAGGCUUCAAGUACCUCUAGUUCUAUGAGAAUGGCUACAUCUGUUAAGCCAUUGGAACAGAAACCUGACAAUGCUGCUUCUGUUAAGCCAUUGGAACACGAAUCUGACAUUCUUAAUAGUGAUUUUGCUAGCCACUGGCAGAACUUGCAGUUUGGGCGUUUAUGCGAAAACACACGAAAUCCUGCGCCUGUGAUUUAUCCAUCACCUGUUAUGGUGCCGCCUGUAUAUUUACAGGGCCGUUUUCCAUGGGAUUGUUCUGGGAGACCAGUUUCAACUAACACAAAUAAUUUUACUCAGCUUAGUAUUGUUCCAGUUGCUCUGCCACAGUCUGCAUCUAAUAGACCUGCUGGUGUCUAUCAGCAUUAUAUUGAUGAAAUGCCUAGAUAUCGAGGUGGAACUGGGACCUACUUGCCGAAUCCAUUCUUACUGCAGAAGGUUGCUGUCCGAGACCGGCAUGCUUCAAAUAUGAGAAAGGGAAAUCACAACUACAAUAGAAGUGACCAUCAUGGUGAUAGGGAAGUGAGCUGGAACACUAAUUCUAGAGCACGAGCUGCUGGGCGCGGCAACAAUCGCAGCCAUGCUGAGAAGUCUAAUACAAGGCCAGACCGGUUGGCCUGUGAGAGUCAAGCUGAGAGGACAUGGGGCUCACAUAGACAUGAUAUGUUCCCUUCAUGCCAGUCUCAGAAUGGUCCAAUCCGCUCAAACACGACUCAGAGUGCUUCCAGAAAUGUGGCAUAUGGCAUGUAUCCAUUACCAUCCUUGAAUCCUGGAGUGUCAUCAAAUGGACCUACCAUUCCUUCUGUUGUCAUGCUGUAUCCUUAUGAUCAUAAUACUGGCUAUGGUUCUGCAGGGCAUCUUGAGCUUGGGUUGGUUGGGCCAGUAGGUUUCUCAGGUGCAAAUGAGACCUUGCAUUUAAAUGAGUUGAGUCGAUCAAGUGGGGGAUUUGAGGACCAAAGGUUUCAUGGCAGCUCUGCUCAUCAGCCAUCACCGGAUCAGCCUUCUUCACCCCAUGUCCAGACGGAGAUUUGACUUUCGUUGCAAAAUCUAUGGCCCAGAGGAAUCAGGUAUUAUCAAUCAAAGGAUGACAAUCCCCCCUUGUGCGUUUCCAAACCAGGGUGAAAACGAUGGUGGGAGAAACGAUGAAGAGAAAACCUUCAGCUACAAGGUUUUCCAUUCUCACCUUAUUGAUAAUGGUUUCUUGUCAUCAUUAUCUCAAGGUCGCACUUCUUGAUGGCUUGUGCUUGUUUGUACACUAGAAGUCAUUAUCUAACCUGUCCAGCUUACAAGAAUCAACAGAUUGGCAGGUAAUGGGAUUCAGGCUGUGAUUGGUUCCUUUUUAAAAUAUAUUUUAGGGUUCAACACCAUGUAACUCCACUGAUGUAGAAGCUCGGAGAUUUAGAAUCUAGAACCUUAUCAUGUUCUAAAAAACGUUUCUCGGGAUCUUCUUCCACGAUGUAUUAGGGAUUUUGAUUCAUGAGUUCGGUGUAACAGCUGAACUAUACUCGUUUCAAAAAGUACGGUGUAGUAAUACUACCCCCAAAGAUGGGGUGAAAAUGCACGAUGCUCUCAGGUUUCCAAUGAUGAUUGUUCAUGAAAGCUUCUGUUCUUUUUAUGGUCAAUACUGUUAAGUUUCCAGUGAUUUUAUUAAGGAUUUUUU